AUGCCUUCUCACUUUGACACUCUUCAAUUGCACGCUGGCCAAGAAGUCGAAAGACCUGUAGGUGCUAGAGCUCCUCCAAUCUAUGCCACCACAUCUUAUGUGUUUAAUGAUUCUAAACACGGCGCCCAAUUGUUUGGUUUGGAGACCCCGGGCUACAUCUACUCGCGUAUCAUGAACCCUACCAACGAUGUUUUUGAAAAGAGAAUGGCCGCUUUGGAAGGAGGUGUUGGUGCCUUGGCUGUUUCUUCCGGUCAGGCAGCCCAAUUCUUAGCCAUUGCCGGUUUGGCUCACAAUGGUGACAACGUCAUCAGUACGUCUUACUUGUACGGUGGAACUUACAACCAGUUCAAGGUCGCUUUCAAGAGAUUGGGCAUUGAGUCCAGAUUCGUGAAUGGCGACAAGCCAGAGGACUUUGCUAAGCUCAUUGAUGAUAAGACAAAGGCCAUCUACCUCGAAUCCAUGGGCAACCCAAAGUACAAUGUGCCAGACUUUGAAAAGAUUGUUAAAAUUGCCCAUGAAAAUGGCAUUCCUGUUGUCGUGGACAACACAUUUGGUGCUGGUGGAUUUUUGGUCAACCCAAUCAAGCUUGGCGCGGACAUUGUCGUUCACUCUGCCACUAAGUGGAUCGGCGGCCAUGGUACCACAAUUGCUGGUGUUAUUGUGGACUCUGGAAACUUCCCAUGGGCUAAGUAUCCCCAAAAAUACCCUCAGUUCUCUGAACCUUCUGAAGGUUACCACGGGUUGGUUUUGAAUGAGGCUUUGGGCAACCAGGCAUACAUUGGCCAUGUUAGAAUUGAGUUGUUGAGAGACUUGGGUCCAGCAUUGAACCCAUUCGGCAGUUUCCUUUUGCUCCAAGGUUUGGAGACUUUGUCUUUGCGUGUCGAAAGACAAUCCGACAAUGCAAUGAAACUUGCAAAAUACUUAGAGAAGUCUCCUUAUGUUAAGUGGGUUUCGUACGUCGGUUUGCCAUCUCACGAAAGCCACGAAUUGGCGAAGAAAUACUUUAACCACAAGGAAUACUUUGGUGGAGCAUUGACCUUUGGUGUGAAGGAUUUGGAAACUCAAGUCGAUGAUCCAUUCCAAGAAGCUGCUGCCAAAUUCGUCGACAAUUUGGAAGUUGCUUCGAACUUGGCAAACGUCGGCGACUCUAAGACCCUUAUUAUUGCUCCAUACUUCACAACACAUCAACAAUUAUCUCACGAAGAAAAGCUUGCUUCAGGUGUCACAAAGGACAUGAUUAGACUUUCCAUUGGAACUGAGUAUAUUGAAGAUAUAAUUGCUGACUUUGAACAAUCGUUCAAAAAGGUUUACGGUGCUUGA